AUGUUUUCUGCCACAUGGUCUCUGGGCCGUAUAGGCCACCCGAUUGCCAGGCGCUGCGGCAAAUUACUCCAUCCGGAUUUCUGCUCGCUGCAGACGCGCCGCAGCGUCGCUACCAAGACCUACACCUUGAACAGCGGCGCCAAGAUGCCAGCCAUCGGCUUCGGUACGUUCCAGGACCCCGACGCCCAGGAGGCAGCCGUCUGCACUGCAUUGAAGACGGGAUACCGCCACGUCGACACCGCAAGAGUCUACGACACGGAAAUCCAAGUCGGCAAAGGCAUCAAGCGCAGCGGCGUUCCCCGCGAAGAGAUCUUCCUCACCACAAAGAUCUGGUGCAACAGCCACCAUCCGGAUGACGUGGAACCCGCCCUUGAUGCCUCGCUCAGGGAUUUGGAUACCCCGUAUGUCGAUCUCUUCCUGAUCCACUACCCAUGCACCUUUGCGCGCGGAGAAGACCGCUUCCCAAGGGAUCAAGUGACCGGCAAGAUGAGCAUGGGCGAAACGACGUACGUAGAUACGUGGAAGGCCAUGGAGCGGUUGCUCGGAACAGGAAAGGCGAGAGCUAUCGGCGUAUCCAAUUUCAGCAAAGGGGAGAUAGAGACGUUGCUCCGGGAGGGGAGCGUGACUCCGGCUGUUCAUCAGAUGGAAGGGCAUCCUUACCUCCAGCAAAAGGCGUUCAACGCUUGGCUCAGGUCGAAAGGGAUCCUCGUAACGCAGUUCAGCCCGCUGGGGAAUCUGAAUUCUUUCUACAGGGAGGCUUCGUGGAGUAAGCCCGAGUCACACAUGGACCGCAUCAUAGACCAUCCUGUCCUCCAGGAGCUUGCCACAAAGUAUCGGAAGAGCCCCGUGCAGAUGGCGCUGGCGUGGGGUGUGAACUGCGGCCGCUCCGUCAUUCCGAAGAGCGUGAUCGAGUGGCAGAUCAAGCAGAACCUGGAGUCGGAUUUUGAGAUUGAAGAUGAAGAUAUGCAUAGGAUUGCUGACAUGGACAUCAAGGUAAGGUUCAACGACCCGAGCGAGGAUUAUCAGUGGCGACUCUACAGCGAUCUUGAAGGCGUGUGA